UCGGUCGUUCCGUGUACCAAUACAAUUUUGCUCUGGCAGACGAACGUGUGUGAAACUUAGUUCUUUCAACAGAAAAAGUAAAUACUCUACCAACAGAAGUGAAAUGUGUUUGCCAAAUCGAGUUAGAACAAAUAUUACAUUUUUUCUUCUGCAGAAAUCAACUACUGAAUAUUCUCUGGGAAUAAUUAUGGCAAAAAAACUGAAAGCAAUAAUCAAUCAUACAUGCGGAAUAAACUUUUCUAUUCAUGGUGAAAUGCAACAACACCAAUCGAAACCGAUCAUUUGAUUGACAAAAAACCCCUGAUGCCCUUGAGUAAGCUAGCGCUCACUGUGGAAUCGAACGUGGUGGUGCGUUGGAUCGAAGCCAAGUUGGUAGCAAAAACUGCACCAGAAUUUCUGUUAGCUACACGCCAAAAAAAAAACGCAAUCAGUCAGUCGUUCGACCAGCAAAGAAAAAACAAAAUCACCGAGAACUUUUUCGAUAGAGAGAGAGAGAACUUAUGAAUCUAUAAUGAGCCCUAGCGAAACCGAUCGAUGGCUCAUCCUCAAUCGGUCAUGGUCCGUACAGUGCAUGCAUAGCUAGACUGAUCCUGCUAUGCUCUGUGAAAAUGCUUGAACCCUCAAAACUUCCGGCUGCAUGCAUAUGCAAACAAAAAACAAAAUUGAGGGGUGGAUUUACCUUCGAAAGAAUGCACCCAGCACAAUAGCCGAACGUUCGCUGCCAACCUUUGGACAACCGCAUUCAUUAGUAUAAAUAGUGCAGUCUAGUGAAUGAAGGGACAUCAGUAGCGUUUGAAAAUUCUAACCGCAACCAUUCAAGGUGGAUAACCGUCGUCAGACAAUGUUUCGCUUAACUAUCGCUGUUGUGGCCCUUGUGGGUGCUGCCCUGGCAUACGAGCAUCAUGGUUUUAUCAGUGAGGUCAAACAUAUUCCAUACAAGUAUAUCGGAGGAGGAGGUAGCGGUGGCGGCGAUAUCGGUGGAGGAUUUGGCGGUUCGCAGGGCGGAUUUGAAGAGGGCAUCGGUUUGGGCGGAGGAUUGCAGGGUGGCUCCUCCGGAGGGGGCGGUGAGGAUUACUAUUCCUAUCCAAAGUACAAAUACGAGUACGGAGUGAAGGAUUACAAAACCGGAGACCACAAGAGCCAAUGGGAAAUGCGCGACGGUGACGUCGUCAAGGGGGAGUACACCCUGGAUGAAGCCGACGGAACGAAGCGCAUUGUCGAGUACUACGCCGACGGUAAGAACGGAUUCGAAGCCAAGGUGAAGAACAUCGGUCAUGCCAGCGGCGGUGGACAGGAAGAGGGCGGACUGGGAGGCGGUUAUCAUGGCUAUGGCUACAGUUACAGCAAACUGAAGAAAUUCAAUUAAACCGUAUCCGCAACGAUUUGACCAACCAUGCGAAAGACUGAACCCGAUUUCCAUUUUCGACUUUGCUAGCGGGUCCCUGCUGGAUUUAGACUUCUUUUUUUGUCGAUUGCUAUGUGUAACCAACUUUCGAAUCAGCUGUGAUCUGUACUUCCCCAUGUGUACUAUUUCUCAAUAAAAGAUGAUACUUGAAUACGGGGGUUUGGCAAUAUUUUCGUUUGGUUCGUUCCUGAUGAGACUGUUUACAAUUAUAACAAUUUGUACUGAAUAAGUAGAAAUAUGAUUCUAGUAUUGAUUCUAGAUUACUGUACUCGGGUGGCAUUUGGAACGGUUCUUGGCCUUCAUGAUGCACCAUACUGUAUCAUCCAGCGGAUUAAGAUCGGGGCUGGAUGGCGGCCAUAAAUCCUUCACCCCAAUCAGAAGAUGUUCCAACAAUUAUUUCUGAGUGCGGUUCGAGGUGUACUUAAGGGAGGCCGGGGUUAAGCCGGCCAUUUUUUGGAAAUUGUAUAAAGCAUUCGUUUCAACUAGGUUUUUACCUAAAUGAUCUAUACUGUUGUGUAGCUUCUGCUACUUGCGGUUUAAAAAAAUAUGCAUUAGUUUCCGCAAAAAGUCGCGAUGAAGUGACCGUCCCUAAGUCUAAAAUUUCAGAAAUUGCAAGGCUAAACCGGACACUCUAAAGGCUGUGCCAGAAAGUAUGGACGCACUUUGAUUUCGCUGUAAAUAAUUCACAAGUGUUAGAUAUUCAAAUUUUAUUCGAUAUUUUUCUCAACAUUUGCUACUUAGCCAUUGUAGACUAGCUAGCGCACCUUCUUGCGAACGUUCCUCAUUAAAUUCCGUACAGACUUCUUGGCGACAAGUUUUGACACUUUUUUCCAAUCUUUUUCGAACUAUUGAAUGGUUUCGGCUUCCGAGACAUGUUUCCUAAGAUGUGCCUUCGUUAAUUCCCAAAAUUCUUCAAUUGGUCGAAGUUGUGGGCAAUUUGGUGGAUUCAUGUCUUUUGGGACGAAAGUGACAUUUUUGGUAGUAUACCAACCUAUCGUUGAUUUCGAGUAGUGGCAAGAAGCAAGAUCUGGCCAGAAGACAACAGGAUCCUUUUUGCUUCGAAUCAUGGAUAGAAGUCGUUUUUGUAAACAUUCCGUGAUGUAUAUUUCGCUGUUCAUUGAAGCAGUGGUGAUGAAGGGAUUCGAAAUCUUACCGCAGCUACAAAUUGCUUGCAAGACCAUAGCUUUCUUAUCAAAUUUUUCGACUUCAAUCGAUGUCUCGGACUGGUAUAACACUUGCCCUUCUCGCACCGUAAAAUAUUGUGGUCCCGGCAAGGAUUUGUAAUCGAGUUUCACGUAGGUUUCGUCGUCCAUGAUUAUGCAGUUCAAAUUUCCAGCAAGAAUCGUAUUGUACAGCUUUCGAACCCUCGACCUGAUCGAUGCUUCUUGUUUCGGACUACGUUUUGGUUGUUUCUGCUUCUUCUAUUCUUCCUACCAUUUUUGCUAUCUUUCUCAGUGACAGUCCGCAAACAAACUAAUGAGAACGAAUAAACAACUGCACAAGUGGUUAGAGAAGAGUGUAAACAAUAGGACGCAGUCAUUAAAGUUGACAGAUUCUGAAUCAUUGCGAAAUGGCAACGAUUUUUGGUUGCGUCCAUACUUUAUGGGACAGUCUUUAUGGGCCGAAAUCGGACAGAAAUUAAAAAACACUCAUUACACCUAGGGUUUUAUCCAAUUAUUUUAUACAGUUGUGUAGCUUCAACUUUCAGCUACAAUUCCCAAUUUAUAUCUUGAAAACAAACAUACAUAAUU